GUGGCCUGGAUGUGGCUGUGGAGGCCGCUGCUGCUGCUGCUCUGGGCGGCCACGGGGCCGGAGGCCUGGAACAAGGGCAUAGGGGAGCCCUGCGAGGAGCAUGAGGAGUGCCGGAGUGGCUGCUGCGUCCCCAACAGCCUGAACCCCCAGCGGUUCUGCACCGCUCAGACCUUCUUCCAGCACUGCUCUCCUUGGCACAAGCCCAAUGACUACGAGUGCUACCACCACUGGGAGUGUCAGAGCAACUGCUGCGUCCCGGUCGGGCAUGGCAUAAAGAGGGCCUGCAUGCCCAAGACCAUCUUCUUGCAGUGUGUGCCCUGGCGCAAGCUCAAAGGAGACCUCUGCAGGAGCCACCGUGAGUGCCUGAGCCAGUGCUGCAUCCGACAGGUGGACUCCAGCCCCCGCCGCUGCACGCCCCGAAGCGGGGUCCUGGCCCAGUGCUUGCCCCUAUAAGCCCCUUGUGGGAAGGCGGGGGUGCCAGGAAGUGACCUGAGUCUGUAUCGCAGGACCACACCCGGACCCUGGCGUGCUGGCCCUGGCCCUGGCCGGAGAGAAGCUGUGCCUGUGGCCAUGCUUCCCCCUUCCUGGCCCCGGGAGCCUGGAGGUCAGAGACACUGUCCUUUGCUCCAAAGAUGUGGUGUUGGUGAGCACAGACUGCAGGUCUGAAAUGUGUGGCCCAACUGCAUAAA